GGGAAAAGCGAAAUGCGGAAGGUUCCAGUACCGGCCAACAGGUAUACCCCGUUAAAAGAGAACUGGAUGAAAAUAUUCACCCCUAUCGUGGAGCACUUGCAACUUCAAAUCAGGUUUAAUUUGAAAACAAGAAACGUUGAAAUCAAGACUUGUCAAGAGACAAAGGACCUCAGUGCUCUAACAAAAGCAGCUGAUUUUGUGAAAGCAUUUAUACUUGGGUUUCAGGUAGAGGAUGCUCUUGCUCUCAUCAGAUUAGAUGAUCUUUUUCUAGAAUCAUUUGAAGUGACAGAUGUCAAACCUCUGAAAGGAGAUCAUCUGUCAAGAGCAAUAGGCAGAAUAGCAGGGAAAGGUGGAAAAACAAAAUUCACUAUAGAAAACGUAACCAGGACACGAAUAGUUCUUGCUGAUGCGAAAAUUCAUAUUUUGGGAUCUUUUCAGAACAUUAAAAUGGCACGAACAGCAAUUUGCAAUCUAAUUUUAGGAAGUCCUCCAUCAAAAGUUUAUGGCAAUAUUCGGGCAGUGGCCAGCAGAGCAGCUGAACGAUUCUGA